GCGGCAAGCCCAAUGGAAUUGAGCCGACGCAAAAAUUGCGGUGAUGGGGAGGAAGAGUCCGUUUCCGUUGCGACGCGCCGAGAGUCCAGCGCGACAAAAGACGUGACUUGAAAGGCGUUACAGCUUUCUGCCAGUCGAAAGGCCAGAGCGGCUCACUUUCGGAGGAGGAAAUAUCAGUUAGGUCACGAAGGAUGCUGUAGUGUGUCUCCCCGCGCAUCACUGUUUACGAAGUCCCGAGUUCCAGCGACGCGCGUCCGCCAUGGAAUUCCACCUGUCAGCACCAGAUACGCAACAGUCGCCCGGUCACUUCGUUCUGCUCUCACGCGCCGCUUCCGAACCCUGUUCUCCCGCCGCAUAUCGCGCUGAGGACCACAGCCCGCCGUUUAAAGCUCGCUGUAUCCGCCCGAAACCAGCAGUAUUAGCAGGAACAGAUAGUAGCGUGACGGCGCCAGUCGCGGCGCAAUACCCGCCCGUGAUACCGUUGCAAAUCACCCCGCCGGACAUGCUUCCGUCGCUGACAGACGUGGUAAACGCUGACGGCCACACGUGGCUGAAAUACGGCGAGAAGCGAAUCAGCAAGAACACCGUCAUGAGGUCGUACUACAAGUGCUCGUGGUCGCGCGCUCUCCAACCGUGUCGCGCCACCAAGACCGUCGACACCGACCCCCGGCGCCCGCAGCGCGCGGUCGUCCGCGUGCACGGCUCGCACAACCACGCCCCGGGCGCCGCCUGCCCCCGCUCCGCCUGCCCCCGCUCCGCCGCCCGUCGAGUUCCGCCGCCGCUCGACAUCCCCCCCGCCUCCCCUUCCGCCCUCCGCGCCAAAUUCUCCGCCAAUGCGGCGACGAGAAACCCAGCGACCGCUGCCGAAAACUGGCCGGUUUCGCCACAGUUCGCGAACAGUCAGCCCGUGACUCCGAGCAUGCCGUCGCCCAUGUCGGGAGAUUCGCCCAGCGGGCCGUUCGGCGUGUCCCUGUCGUUCCACAGCACCAGCAGCCCCGGCGCCAGCCCUCUCGCCAGCCCCCUCAGCGACAUGGCCGCUCCCACCACGGCGUGCGACCGACCCGGCAGAGCGCGAGUGAGCGACGUGGCGCUGACGGGGCGUGGCGAGGGUGGAGGGGCGGAGGGACGGCGCGUGGCAGACAUGAUGGCGGUCGACAGCGAGACGCUUGGUGGUGCUGCUGUCCCGGGCCGUGCUGCCGCUGGCGGUGCUGCUGCUUACCCGGGCGGUGCUGCUGCUUACCCGGGCGGAGCUGCUGCUUACCGGGGCGGUGCUGCUGCGUGCUGCUUUGUGGACGCCUCAGCUGGCGUUGUGAGCACCAGUGAUGGUCGUCUGGCGGCGGAAAGACCAGUGACGCUGAGCUCGCUUGUAUCGGAGCUGCAGGCAACGAGGAUGGGCGGUCCGGCGUGCAGCGCGGCGGGCCAGCAUGGGAGGCGAGAGAAGGCGGGUGGGAUGCGAGGGACGACGGGUGUGGCGCGUGCGAGGGCGGGAGAGGCGGUGUUUAUGCCUCCGAGUUUUGGCUGGCGGGGUGCAGGUGGUGCUGCUUGUCCUGCCGUUGGUGACCCUGCCCGGCACAAGACGGAAUUCAAGGAGGAGGAGCAGGAGCACGAGGGUCCGUCUCUGGACCUCUCCCUCGGCACCCCCGGCUCACAGCACGGGCGAGAGGUCCCUUGCCCCGGCACGUGGGGGACGGAGCUUGCCGCAUUGGAAAGAGCGGGGCAAGACGCUUCGUUACAAGCAAUGACAGUAGACGCAGCAGCAGCUGCUGCAGGGAACGCCCAUGCUCUGCAGCCAGCAUUCACACAGGAGCCAGCCCCUGCAGGCACCCAGAUGUACCCUGCCUUGGGAGCUGCCCCGGGCCGUGGAACAAACUCAGUUGACUUCACUGUGGCUGCUCAAGGCGCUGGCUUGGGAGUUGGGAUGGGCGGCCUUGCGCCGCAACACCAGCUCUGGCUGCCACAGAGACACCAGCCCCAGCCUCAGCAGCCUCGGCCGCAGCAGCUGCGGCAGCAGCCACGGCAUGUGGGGAUCGAGGCGGAUGAGCCAGAUGCUGCAACAUGUGUUCUUCUGGCAGCGGCGCUGCUCCAAGCUGCUGUGAAUAAAAGGCAGCACCACGUGUGACACUGUCAUAUCUGUAAAUGCAUCAAUAUAGAAUUUCCUUGCGU